AUGUUAAUGACACUAAAAGGUGGAGGUAGUGAAGAAGAGGAUAGUGAAAGUAUUGAUCAGGCAAACAAGCUGGUGAAAAAAAACGUCGAAAUAUGGAAGACAUAG